AUGAGGGAAACGUCGCUGUCACUCGCUGUCACUUUAGCGACGAUAGCACUAGUUGGUGGAGUAUCCCUCGAAACAUACCAAAAUCCAGCUGUAUGCCCAGAUAGAUUGAACGGUACAACCGUAUACAUCGCUCAUGAAACCGAUUGUACCAAGUAUUACAAGUGCACUUAUGAUAGGAAAGUUUUGUUGGAAUGUGCAUCAUAUUCACCGGGGCAAUUGCUGCAUUUUGACCCUGUAAGACAAGUAUGCAGCUGGCCAUGGAGCACGACCUGUAUAUCAAAAUCACCCGACUGUUCCCAAAAUGGUUACCGAGAAUCCUAUCCAUACGAUUGCAGCAAGUACUACGAAUGCCAUAACGGCUGGAGGAGUUUGAAACAGUGCGAGGUUGGUCAACUAUUUGACGGUGUAAAGAGGACAUGUACGCCUGAGGAAAGUACGACGUGCAAGCUUUACAAGGACACGUGUCCCACGGAAAAAUUGCUCGUGUCUGUAUAUUUAUCGCACGAAUGCUCCUGCAACGCUUACUACGAAUGCGAGGAUGGAGAGUACAUUGAGAGGUGGUGCCCUUAUGGCAAAGCUUUCGACAUUAAUCUCAGGACAUGCAUCACAUCCGGAAAGGCGGUAUGUGAUCCCAAAUCGGGUGACAAACCGUAUCCAACCGUCGAGUGCCCUGCAACCGGUACUAUAGACAUUCCUCAUGAGACGGACUGCAGUUUAUAUUACGAAUGCGUAAACGGUGUGAAAAACGAGAAAGCAUGCAAAGAUGGAUUGUCUUUCGACGCGGUAAAAGGUAUGUGCACGUGGCCAUUGAGUAGCGAUUGCUCGUCGAAAUCCCUCGAUACGACGCAAUUGCCUGCGCCCUAUCUGCUUGAUGCAAAUGAAGAAAUCGCCCCUAGAAAUGACGAUUUUAAAUGUCCUUUGGAGCAAUCGAACAAAGUUACCCGUUUUCCACAUCACUGUUCUGCCAGCAAGUUUUACGCUUGCGAACAGGGACGUAUGUACCUUAAUACGUGUCCUGAUGGUCUGGUAUACGAUUACAUUAGACAAACCUGCGCUGAUCCAACCAGUGCUACAUUCGACAAUCAGGAGGUUUCUACUCUUCUAAACAAGAAAGCUGCUUAUUUAGAAGAAUGCCCACAAAAUGGUCGUGUACUCAUACCACACGAAACAAACUGUUCGCUUUAUUACGUCUGUGCCAACGGUAACAGAUCUCUUGCCCAUUCUUGCUAUUCAGGGCAUUACUUCAACCCAGAGAUCAGCUCGUGCGAUUUACCCGAGAAUACGAAGUGUCAUAUAUCGCCACUAACUACUUCAUCUACAACUACGAUAACUUCGCCAACCUGGUGUUCUGUAUCUGACACGAAAUGCAGGUUGUAUCCCGAUUCCUGUAAUUGCAAUAUGUACAGUCAGUGCGAGGAUGACAGAAUAGUAACGAAGGUAUGCCCAGGACAGCUUUACUUCGACGACACGUUACAGACAUGCAACUUACCGCAAAACGUGAAUUGCCAACUUAACUGCACUAAUAUGUGCACAGAGGGAGAACUUUCACCUCACGAAUGUCAAUGCCAGAAGUAUUAUAAAUGCCACGAUGGAAAGCAAUAUCUCGAAAUUUGUGACCCAGGGAUGACCUUCGAUUCGGUAACAAGGCAUUGUGUCAACGAAUCGGAAAAUCAUCACUGCUACCCUGAUGUACCCGACAGAGACUGUCUCGGUACAUGUCCGUCAACAGGCAUAGAUUAUUUGCCACAUACAGAUUGUAAGAAGUAUUGUAUAUGCGAUAAUGGAGAAACUGAAGUUGAAGAAUGUAAUGGCUGGUGGAUUUACAAUCCGGAUACGAAGCAAUGCGAUUGGCCGGAGAAUAUACGGAACUUAACGUGUGACCCUUUCCCGUGCACGGCUGGUGGUGAUGCAACUACGAUCCCUCAUGAAUGUGAAUGUAACUUGUACUACGAAUGCGUCAAUAGUACGAAGCACCGUGAACACUGUGACGAAGGAAUGUUCUAUGAUUAUGUCAAACAAAUCUGCGUUACAACAGAUCCUCAUUGCUAUCAGGACAAAGAAAACGACGAUGCUAAGCAUUGCAAGGAAACUUGCAAAACUAUGCACGACUCCACGUCAAUUACAAUUCACGAAGAUUGUACAAAAUAUUGCAAAUGCAUGGAUGGAAACCGACAUGUUUAUACGUGUCCCGAAGAUCAGUACUUCGACCAAGAGAGGGGAAUAUGCGAUUGGUAUGAAAACAUAAGAAAUUUAUCGUGCGACCCUUACGACUGUGGACCUAAAGAUGUUAAAGUAAUACCUCAUGAAUGCAACUGUACCAUAUAUUAUCAAUGCGAUGGUACCGAAAAAAUUCGUUCUACUUGUGACGAUGGAUAUUAUUAUGAUUACGUUCUCAGAGCAUGUGCCAAAGUGGACGCCCAUUGUAUGAGACAAUACUCAAAUGAGGUAGACAAAUGUAUCGGUACCUGCCCGAUAGAGAAUUCCAAACCUUCCGUGCAUUUACCUCACGAAGACUGCACAAAGUAUUGCGUAUGUUCAUUAGGACGUCCUUAUCUAGUCGAAUGUUCAGACGGUCUCCAUUACAACAAAGUAGAACAGAUCUGUACAUUACCAGAAACUGCUCACUGCGAAGUAACACAAAAUACGGAAAACGCGUCUGUUUGGUCAGGCUUAUAUCUGCUGUUCGUUUUCGUCACAAUAGUAACGGCGAAUACUGAACCAGAAUGUGUCGAUCAUCCAGGCUGUCCAGUUCCAAAUGGCAAUGAGACAGUUCACCUUCCUUAUGAGAAGGAUUGUCACAAAUUUUAUAAAUGUAAUAAUGGACAGGGAUGUAUACUAUCUUGCCCGGAAUACGGUAACGGGAAGCAGCUAGCCUUCAAUCCGGACACCCAAACCUGUGACUGGCCGUUUAAUGUACCCUCUUGCACUGGCUCAACGGGAACAACAACGCCGGGAACAACAACGCCGGGAACAACAACAACGCCGGGGACACCACAGCCUGAUACAUCGGAAUGUCCAAAAAGUGGCAAAAAGAACAUAAGGGAUCCAAGCGACUGUCGUUACUAUUUCGAAUGUGACGAUGGAGUACAAACGCGUCGGAAGUGUUACACGAAUACCGUGUUUAAUCCCAGUAUUGGGUCGUGUGACAGCGCGGAUAAUGUAGUAUGUCCUUCAACCUGA